AUGUCACCCUUCUACCCACCUUCUACCUUGGGAUUAUACGAAUACAUCGGGAACAUCGACCAAUCAUCCGUCUUGGAUUUUGGUUCAGUCUCCUAUCCUGCAGCUAGCUCUUCCGCUAAGAGGGCAUCCUGUGGCGAAAAUUGGGAUUUUCUGAUGCCAGACAUUGCUGUUAACUAUGAGCUUGCAGGACCAUCUACUGCGCUCCGUUCACAAUCAGAUGCCUCCCCUCACGAAACUCGUGGUGAGACUCUGGGAAAUGCUGCGAGUUGGAACGAGGAUGCUGUGAGUUGCCUUAGAAGUCUAGCUUGGAGUAUGGGAUACUGCCUCAUCCCUCGCGGAGCGGCCAUUCCUGGUGGUGGUGCUCUUGUAUAG